GUUGUUCUGGAGUUGCAGGGGCCACGGGCGGGCCACCGAGGAGGUGGCGCGCGGCAUUGAUCCGUCCCCCGCCCCAAGCCUCUCCUGAGUUCUCCCUCUGGUGUCCCCCAGGAUGCGGAGGCCCCUGGGACCCGGCGCGGGGAGGAAAAGUGGGAGACUUGACCCCUCCGCCCCCUACGCACCCACGCGCACACUCAGGCUCGCCUCUCGCACCCCCGCUUCCCCUGCAAGGCUCUGAGACCGCCGCCGCGCCACCACCUCGCCCAGCCAGUCAGUCGCUCUGCGAGCCUGUGGUGCAGCCCCGUGACCUCACCGGUCUGCCCUGAGUCACAGAAGCCGGCACACGCGGAGCGCUGUGUGGGCUAGUCACCCAUUGCUGUCAGUGGCACCCAGGUUCCAGUGAGGAGGAGGCUCAGGGUCCAAGACGGCUGUAGAAAAGCAAAAAGGGUGGCCCAGCAGCCCCCUACUCAGCCCCCUACUGAGGAGGUGGGAGGCUUCCCCCUUCCUGCCAGGCUGAAGACCCCCCCAGUGGAGCCCAGCACGGCCCCGCCCAAGCCCAAGCCGCCCCCGCUGACCAAGGAGACAGUGGUGUUCUGGGACAUGCGCCUGUGGCACGUGGUGGGCAUCUUUUCACUGUUCGUGUUGUCCAUCCUCAUCACCCUGUGCUGUGUCUUCAACUGUCGGGUGCCAAGGACCCGGAAGGAGAUUGAAGCCCGGUACCUGCAGCGAAAGGCAGCCAAGAUGUACACAGACAAGCUGGAGACUGUGCCACCCCUCAAUGAGCUCACAGAAGUCCCAGGAGAGGAGAAGAAGAAGAAAAAGAAGAAGGACAGUGUGGACACAGUGGCCAUCAAGGUAGAGGAGGAUGAGAAGAAUGAGGCCAAGAAGAAGAAAGGAGAGAAAUGAAGACAUCCUGGACAGCUUGGGAGCAGGCCCUGAAGCUCAAGCUGUGGCCAGGGUCCGGGAAUGUUGGACUCUGAGCUCAUUUGGUCUGAGGCUGUGGUCAUAGAGGGAAGCUGAGGCCCAUGGCUAUAUCCUCAUGGCCCCUCAGGGGCAGGAACCAGACAAUCUAGUAGGUGUCCUGCCCCCUAGCCCAGACUUGGCUCCUUUCGCCCCACCCACACGGGUACUGCCUCGGCAGAGGUGGUACGGUGCCACUGUCCCUCUGGAGAUACACUGCUCUCCCCACCCAGACCUGCCUCUCUCCCACCCUUUCUGCCAGGGAUGGCGGUGGCUGUGAAGGAGUAACAGGAUAAGGGGUUACUUCAGCCACCCUUUCUGGCGCGAAAUGGCUGAAGUGCAUGGGUCAGGGUGUGAGGCCACACCCAGACUGGCCAUGAGGAGGCAGAGAGGGUCAGUGGGGGACAUUGUGGCAGCAGGAGGGACUCUGUCUGGCCAGGGAGGAGCCCUGAUGGUGAGGAGACUUCCGCAAGCCUGGCAGGGAUCCAGCUCAAGGGAGUGAGUAGAGGUGGCUUCAGAAAUGGAACCCCCAGCCCAGCAGACACCAAGCUCAAGGCAAUGGGCGACCAUCAUUUCACACAUUGUGAUGAAGCUGAGGCUGCUGCCAGGCCCGGCAUGAGGCCCAGGGGCUCGAGCUCGGGGCUGUGGGCUGCAGGGCUGGGUCAGGGGUACACAGAGCUAAGGUCAGUGGGCUAGAGGGUGCAGGAAAGAAAGCUGGGAUCUGGGACCCUUUUGGGAAUCAGAGUAUAUUUAAGAAGCCAAGGGGGACCUCGGGCUGUUCUGGUGGCCCCUGCUAUGCCCAGCUGUUCUGGGAGGUCCCAGGGCCCUAGGAGAUCACAGCAGCGCCUUCCACCUGCUGAUCAUAACAGUGCCAGCUCCUUUGCAGCUUCCUCUUCUACUAUUUCCCACUACGGGCACCUAAAAGAAGCAUCUCUGACCAGAAGCACCUGGAGGAGGGAAGACGCACAGAGGUGCUUCCAGAUGGCAUCGAACAGACUAAGGCUCUGAAACCUAGGCCUGAACACUAAGGUCUCGAGACACCAGAGGUUCCUGAGCCAGGGGAGCCUGCUGGAAAAGCAGCCUGCAGAGAUUUGUGAAUGAAGCUGAGUGCCUUCUCAGA